UGCAAAAGGUAACUUUAAGCUCAGGCUGUUCCCCGUCUCUCCUCCCUCCUCCCUCCUCCACUUUGCAUGGCAGUACCGGUACUUUGGUGAGGCAAGGGGCAACUCCUUUCUCUUUACGCUUGUUUCGGACGCUGGAAAAGAUAGGCCUAGAUUGCCGCACUAUAGGGCCAUGUUGACAGCUUUGCCAGGUACCACCUUUCAGCUGGAUUGCGGCAUUGCUUCCACAAAAGUUUCUGCAGUGUCUGGUCUGUUGGUUCCGGUAGCAUUGUCACAAGGAACUUCAACUGGUCUUUGGUGCUGGUUUAGUGAGAAUGUUUCACCAACACCACACCAACAAGAAGUUGCUGCAACUUAGCAGCUGUUGUGCGCAUCCACGUCCUGACACAUCAGUACGAUGCUAGGCAUCGGAAGGAGAUCAAGGCAUAGUGCUUGGCAUUAGUGUAAUAGUUAGAAAAGCUGGUUCUGAUGGUGGUGGCACACAAUGUGCAGUCGCUCCAAGGGGCCUCAAGACCUUGUUGCGGGUAUCCAGGUUCAGAGCCCCUCCCAGGAGUUGAGUCCCUAGCAAGGAUUUGCAGACACGCAAAAGGUGGUACUCCCAUUACAGUUGCACAAGCCGGUGCCUUUCAACCAGAAUCUCACUCCUCUGCUAGAACUCCUGCUUUUCAAUGUCUUCCUCGCACCCCCUUUCUUCUGGUCCAUGCUUUGCAAGAACAAGUAGCUCCUGCAAAAGGCCUGACAGACCAGUAUCGACUCACGCCACAAGAAGCAAAUGAUGCAGAGCGGAGCGCUAGGAGGCGCACGCUGCGUACCUUCCGCGGGGGAAGGGUCCUCCCCAAACGAAUUGAUUGCCUGGUGUCAGAGACUGCGGUGGCAGCACGGUGGGCCGACCCGGGGUAUGCGUACCCCUCCGCGGUGCGUGGCAGGACUGCAGUUGCUGCCAAAAUAAUGAAACUUGCAAUUGAAGAGGGAAGCCAGGAAGAUGAUUCUGGGGGGGAAAGCUUAGAUGAGCGGUUGAAUGCAGUUGUUUCCAAGGAUGCCUUUGAGAUGCCAUUUGAGGGGUUGAGAAACCGAGGAGUGGAACCAGUGGCUGACAUGCAGUGGCCCACGGACAGGCACUUGGAUCCUGAGCUUCAUUGGUACUCAAGCGAGUUUGUGGCUGACAGCAGCUGGGGAGUGAAUCAGGCAGACUUGGUCAAGAGGAUCUUGAACCCCCCCAAAACGGCGGCUGAGGCAAAGAGGGCGACAGUCGACCCUUCUGAGGCGUUCGAGAUGUUCAGUGAUAGAGCCAAGGAGGGGACGCUCAACCCUCCCUCCACAUCAUAUGGCAGUUCCUUGGAUGGCCUGGACCAUGCAAGUGGACGAGCGGACUGGAAAACUUUUGGACAGGUCGAACGGGAGGAGACUGGGAGAGAUCCUGGAGUGAAAUCCAGAGGAGUUCCUGGAAUAAAAUUUGGAAGAGAUCCUCGAAUGAGAAGGGGACUCGAUCCCGAGGUGAAUCUGCAAGGGCGCCCGAAAAGCGCAGGCUUGACAGGGGGGGAGGUGUUUCGUACGCAAGGGGGAAGCAAAGAUGUGUGGAGGCGGGGGGGCCGAGAAUUUGAGGGGGACAGGCAAGAAGGGGUACGGAGACGGGGGGAGGGGCUUUCAGGGGGAAAAAAAGAACGAAGUUUGCGGGGGGCGGUGCGUGACCAAGGCGAGAAAACGGAGACCGGUCAGAGAAGAGGUUUGUGGGGUCAGCCAAGGGGUUUUCGUCAUGUGGCGGGAGAGACGGUCCCAGCAGGAACGUCUGCGGUCCCUGAGACGGAAAGAGUUUCAGGGGUUGGAGCCGGAGAAGCCAGCGGGGAGUCCGGUUCAAUUGCGAGGUUGGAGCCUCAGUACGAAACCGGGUUCGGGGCCGACUUUGAGACUGGGUUUGUGACUGGGUACGCUGGCCAGGAAACCGGGUUUGAGCUCGGGUUACAGCCGGGGUUACCAAACGGUGGUCUUGAUGAGGAGCUAGAGCUCUUUGUAGAGCGGCUGGGGGCCUUGGGAAACCCUGCCCAAGCAGCCGAAAGCGAUCUGGAGACUGUUGCGUUUGGAUCGAUUCCCCCGCCACCUGACUUUGGCUAUGCAGAACCAAAAGCUCCGGGUGGUGUUAACGCCCAAAGCAGCGCCAGAGGCGGUGAUCCGUUCACGUGGACAGCUCAGGACCGUCGAUCCUGGAAGUCACGGGAGCCGCCAGUUGAAAUGUUCAACAACUUCCUACCGGCAGAGGAGUCCCGCAACUCUGAAACCUCCCCUUUCGAAACCGCAGCGCCUGUUGGUGCAUGGUCCCAUUUCCAAACCCCCGAAACCCACAAUUUCGAAACUAGACGGUGGGAGCCCAAGAACCGUGACAACCUCCCCCCUGCCAGCAUCCCACCUUUUCAUCCUCUUCCCAUUAGAGUGCCUGAACCUCCCUCCAAGGACGCACCCCCACUAACCCCGUCGCAUCUAGUAUGGGGGGAGAACCAAGAACUGCCUCCAACGGCGUUUUACGACGAGCACUUUCUGGAGCGGUUCCAGUAUACACGCCCCCCCCCGAACCGAAACCUGCCGCUGUUUCUAGAUAUCAAGGGGCAUGACACUUCGCCUGAGCUGCCGAUGCCCCCACCCUACUACCCCAAGAAUAGCACGCACGAGAAGUCAGGCCCACUACCCGGCUACCCUCACGGUAGAGUCCCCCGACCAAAGCUCCCGGGGCCAUUACUCAACGGCAGGCGUCCCGACUUCUGGGUCGUCAAUCCGAACGACAACAAGCUGGUCGUUCCCCGUGCGGCUAAAAUGGCGCCCCGGGGGAAGCUACCGGGCGUAAGAAAGCUGCUAGAGGGCUGGACGGGAAGGGGGGUAAGAACCCGGGAAGAAGUCCUGGGCGGUCCGCUCAGCGACGCGGAAGUGGCGGAUCUGAUCGAGGGGUCGGUGCACGAUCGACGGGAGGUGUAUCUAGGGCGCGACGGGCUGACGUGGAACAUGGUCGGCCUGAUCCACACGCACUGGCGGCGGCGGCCGGUGUGCAAGGUCAAGUGCAAGGGCAUCUUCACCGUUGACAUGCCCAAGCUUCUGCGCGAGCUCGAGAGGUCCGCGGGCGGGCGCGUUAUCUGGCAGCAUUGCGGCACCGUCCUCCUUUUCAGGGGGCGAAACUACCACUGGAGAGACCCCCCCAUUCUGGAGCCGCCCGAGGACCGCAGCGCAGACAAGAAACUGACGCAGGAGACCAAUCCGGUGGAGGACCGGAAUCCGGGCGGAAUGGGGAAGCUUAAGAGUCUGCAACUGAGCCGAAGGAUGAACCGAGAGCCGCCGAUUGUCUGGUUGGACAAGAACGGGUACUACGGUGGGCUGGUGAACCUUGUCCGCACAUUCUUCUCCGAGCCGAAGAACGACCUGGCCGUCAUCAAAUGCCCCAAGUUCGUCCCCGGGGACGUUGUCAAGCUCGCCAUCCAGCUCAAGGCCCUGGUUCCGGCGGAUGUCUUCCAGGUCGACAAGGACCGGAAGCAGCGGAUUGUCCUGUACCGGAACGCCGGCUGGGAACGACCCACAGACGAGCUCACGAGGCUAGCGGAAACCAAUGAACGGCCCACUUACUACCCGAAGGGGCCUCCCCAGAAGCGGAGGACUCUUCGCAAAGUCGUGGAAGAGCAGCUUCUGGGAGAAGAGGAGGAGGACGAAGGGGUUUGGGCAAAUUGGGGAAGCCUUUUUGACGCGCCAAGCGAUGAAGAGACUGAGGAGCUGUAGUCGUGGGAAGGAUUACUUGACAUAUCCUGCUUUGAGCUGUAAGCUUCCUCCGCGCGCGCGCGCCCUGCAUAGGGCAUUUACACCGAGGCUUCGUACCUGCA